AUGUCUCGCUGCUUUCCAUUUCCUCCACCAGGAUAUGAAAAGAAGCCUCAGAGCAACAACUUAGAUCUACUCCUAAAGGUUUGUUCGCUCAUAUAUUUCCCAUUGGUCAUCGUGGCGAGUUUUAAAUUUUUGGUUGAUCUUGUUUUGUCUGCAACCUAUCUGUCAUGAAUGGCCGCCUCAUCUGCGUACGGGCUUCAUCUGCUAGUUAUGGCAUCAUUUCAGAGUCAAGGUCGUCUGUAACUAUGGAACUAUAUUUAUCGUUUUGAGAUCUUUAAUAAAUCUUUCGCGGGGAACGGAACUUUAUGAGAGGGAAUGUGCUGACCUUUGCGGAAAAUAAAGUAUCUCAUUUGGUUCCUGUUACAGUCGCCGUCAAGAAAUGGGUCCAAAAUGUAUGCUUUUUAUAGAUUUGGUUCCUGGAGAAGUAUCUUAUCAACUAGAAUGUCUCCAUUGUAGGGUCGUAUCUUCUAUGUUUUAAGCCCUUGUGAGCUAAAUAAGCUUCAUUUAUUUGGAUGCUAAAUUUGAGAAAUGAAGCUAAAUAAGUCAAUUAUGCAAACAAGAUCAAGUGGAAAAAUGUGACCCAGCAAGCGACUUGAAAAGAGCCAUUAAAGGUGGUCUAAAAGCGCAGAAAUUUAAAAAUUACGUUCGUCACUCCAUAAAACUAUUUGAGACCUGAAUUAAUCGUUUCAGAUGUGGGACUUGAAAGAUUCCUUUUUUCUUCACUUCCUUACAUUAUAUUGAGAUGCCUGAAUUUUGACUAGGAGUUUAAUGCCUGGUUUAAGAUUAACUAGUUAUCCUUUCCCACUAAUUCCUUAUGGGAAAUGUAUGGUACCCUAAACCUCCUGUCAUUUAGGUGCGAAGGAAAUUUUUUGGCAUAGUUUCCCCCAGAAUAGCAGUCUGACGCAGUAAUGUGUUUCGACCUUGUUAACCUUAUGGCUCUUACGAUUUUCUGAUAACUUCCAAGUCUUAUUGACUCGUUCUACCUUUCAACAUCAUCUACCUUUCAACUCUCAGAUAUGUGUAUAAUUUUGAAGCUUUCUUUAAGCUUUCGAGGAUUUGGAGUCUUCUUGAAAGUUGCCUACGAGUUGUAUGCCAUCUAUAUGAAGUGCGAAACAUUCUUACCUGCCAAAUUCUUGGAACUAUCAAGUGCCUGCUUCAAUGGCUAAGCAACAAGACGAGGAUGGUGUGCUUCUAUUGUUGGUUAUCUUAUCGAUGUUUAAAUCACAAGUUUAGGUAAAUCUAAGAAAAUUCGUGGAUUCGACAGUACUGCUGAGUUUCUUGGACUGGUGUAAUGUAACACCUUGUCCAAUUGCACCCUUUAUUGGAAAUAUUUCUGCCACCAGCUGUGUAAUGGUGGUUAACUUCACGAGAUUCGUUCACUCAUCAAAAUAGGUCACUUUCAUGUCAUUUGCUUGAUUGCUUUGAGCCUCCUUAGGUCCCAUUGUUUGUCCCAUUUUCAUAUCUAGUGUAGUAAUGAACAGUCUUGUCCUGUCAGAUGUUUCGCCAAUCCUGUUGUUAUCUCGUAUGCAACAACAGUGGUGCGUGCAUGUGUAUGCUAUGGGCCGUUUCAAUAUUCCUGUUGGCAUUGCAUAUGCAGUCAGUUUAUCUAUCUUGAAUUUUAUUUUGACAUCAUCACUUCCAAGAGCUGCCUACUGUGUACUUUGGGCCUUGAAUGUAUCAUAUUUUCUUGUCCCCCCCCCCCCUUUCCUUUUCUGAAUGCCAAGUACCUGCAUAAGGUGAUCCUUUCGCUUUAUUAAGGCUGCAUGUGAAUCUGGAAUUUAAAUUUCACGGCUUUUAUUUAGUUUACUCAACUCAUGUAUAUGUUCAAUUGUUUUAAGGGCGUUUAAGCUGAUUCUGUAUUGUCAUUGUGGCAGUGAUCUCAACUGAUUUUGUGCGUGGAUACCUCUACCACUAUCCUUGUGACAUUAGGGUUCUUAAAUGAUCUUGUGAUGUGACAUUAUCUAAUGUGGUAGUUUGUGUUCAAUAUCAUCCAGAAGGCCUCCACUAAUAGACUAAAUGAUUACUAAGAAGUAGUCACAGACCAGUGAGCCAUGAAACUUUGAGUUUGAGAUAAAAGCAAAAGAUAUGCAGAUAUUUAGGAUCUAGUAAGCUAGCAGGAACAUGGAAGCUAACCUUUGAGGGGAGGAUCAAAGGGACGACGAAGUUAAGGAGAAGCUAAUGUCAAUGACCUAGAUAGUGCGUAUUUCUAGUCUUGAGUAAUCGAUUAGUGGAGAAUUCCUUCCAUUUGUCUCCAUCACCAUAGAAUUAAUGGGUCAAUUUGUAAUGUUACUGGAGUAUUCUUUUCAUUAUCCCCACUGUCAUUUUAUUCCUGUGUUUUCAAGAUUGUUAACAACUUAUAGAACAGAAGGAUUCACUACUGCAUGCUUGUUGCUAUUUGGAUCUAUCUUUCAAUUAUUGUUUGUGAGAGACAUUCAUAAUCGUGUCAAUUAUCGACCUUUAAUUCCUCAAAAAAUACUUGGAUUGUGUUGUCCUGCAUACUAGGAAUACAUGCAUCAACUGUGGCAAUUUUUCUGUUUUGACUUGAAUAACUACGUGCUAAGUUUUCCUUGAAUGAGAGAGCUGACUUUUGGAGCAUUGAUUCUGUAGCCCCAUUGCGUUGCCAGAAUGUUCAAGGGUUUAUGUUUUGAGAAGAGUAAAUGUGUUCACUUAUUCAAUGGUUGUUAGCUUUUGGAUUUACCUUUCUUUCCCCUUUCACAAGACUUGUGAGAAUCCGGACAGUUUUCAUGCAAUCAGGGAUUGCCAUAAGUUUCAAAGAUUUAUUUUCUCAACCAGUUAGAAGUGCUGUUAUGCAUAUCAGAACCUUCUAUGGCUUUGACCCUUGUUACUGUCAAAUGCUUUUAGCUGAUCCUUGUUUACCGUCAUCAUUUCUUACGGAAAAAUUUGAUCCAGAGUUAUUGAUAAGAUUGUAUCAAGUCUUGCAUCAUAUUUGGUCUAACAAAGACUACCUAUGUGGACUUUUCUGAAUCCUCGUCGUAGAUUUUCUCAUCUAAAUUGAAUCAUUGAAAGCAUGUACGACCAGAGCAUUCCAAUCUGAACCUUGAGUUCCAGCAUCACACGGUAUCCAUAUCGUGGGUUAGUUGCCCAUAGUCCUUGAUGAAGUGAUGGUUGUGUUCUAACAAGCACAUGACAGAAAUGAUCUUUUCCGCAUCGGCAUUUACUCUUACUACUUGUAGAUGUGCAAAUGUUCUUUUGUUUGUAGAUGGAUAGCGUCUGAUGAUUUUCUUCUCACUGUUUAAUUAUCUAGGAUAAUUUUUUAACCUCAUAUAUACAUGGCAGCUCCAAAUAUCUAUGAUUAUUUUCAUGUUUUACUAAUGUGGUCAGGAUGAUUAUAAUGCCUACACUUGUCCUCUAUGUUUCAUGAAAUUUGAUGGCUCAAAUCUACGAAAACUCUAGGAAUAGAGAAAAAUGUUGGUUCAUGUCACCGUGGAUACUGAUGUUUCUCCUUUUUUCUGAUUUCAUAUGGUUUUCUGUAAGCCCCAGCUUCGCAAUCUUACGUUUCCUUAAUUUCUUUAUUUUACUUCUCAAAUUGCUUCCCAGUCUUUGCUUAAAAAAAAUCCAUUUUAAGAAAGCUGGUCUUAUAGGUGAUGUUCUGCCAGACACUUCUGCCAGCUUUUAUAUCAUCUUUGAUGAUGUUCUUUGCUCCAUGAGUAAACAGCUGCUUGCAGAGGAUCUUGAACAUGAACACCCCACAACGAAUUCCGCAGCUUGUCUAAUUCUUUUUUUUUUUUUUUGAAUUAUUUGGGUGGCAUCUGUCCCAUUGUGGACGGAAGUUGAAGCCUUUGAUGUUCUAUCUUUUCUACUAAUGUUUCUUACCCUUGAUGCACUGUGAUGUUUUUUUUUUUCUUUUUCAUGUGAUGUGAUGAUUGGAUGCCACGUUGACUUCAUACAUAUUAAGCAUGGCGAUUUAUGUUAUGAAUAUGAUAAGCUGCCUCAGGUCUGACAACGUUGACCUAAACUUUCCAGAAGAAGAAGGAGAAGGAGCACAAGAAGGAGAAGAAGGACAGAGAAAAGAAAGAAGGUAGAGAGAGAAAGGAGAGGGACAGGGACAAAGACCGGAGCAAGGACAAGAACAGAGAGAAGAAGGAUAAGAAGGAGAAACGCAGGGACAAGGAGAGGAAGAAGGACAAGGACAAGGACGAGAAAGGGGCUCUCUUUGAGAGAAAAGAUGAGGACCGUCGCACGGAGGGUCUCCACAAGGCUGAGGAAGAAGGCCCCCUCAAGACUGGGGAUCCUAGAGAUGCUUCUCCGAAGGUGGAGGGCGUUGCAGGAAAAGGGCAGAGGAAAUUGGAAGGCGUGGGCGGCUCCAAUGGGAUGGAAAGAAUCGGUUCAGCUGGUGCGAACCACGAGAGAGCCAUCGCCUUCGAGGUGGUCCGAGACCUUGUCAGUGCUGAGGAAAGGAGGGUUGAUGGGGCUGGCAGGCCGGGGGGGAAGGGCGGCGGCGCCGCCAUUGCCGAGUACAGGAGAGCUGGGCCAGCCAGUGCAUUGCCGGAAAGAAGCCUGGGUAGUGAGGCGGCUCAGGACCCUUUUGGUGGUGAGCAGAGAAGAUUGGAUGGGCCAGGCCAACCGGCGGGGAAGAAGAGCUCCAUUGCCACCAUUGCCGCCACCACCGCUGCUGCUGCCAUCUCAGAUGCCCCAGAGCAGAGGAGGGCCAUGGAUGGUGGGACGGUCCAGAGCAUUGCUUCAGACAAGAAGGCAGUCAACGACUCGGACAGGAAGGCCGAUGGGAAGAAGAAGACCAGGGAGAAGGAGGCUAGCGAAAGAAAGGGCGACAAAGAUAGAGAGAAGAAACACAAGGGGAAGGACAGAACCAGGGACAAGGAGGAGAAGAAGAGGGAGAAGACGAAGGUGGAAGGGAAAAACAAGCGCAGGGAAGAAGAUAAGUUAAGAGAUGGUGGGAAUAUGGGCUCCUCCCCUGCAAAGCCCCCUGCUGCCGCCGCCGCCGCCACCGCUGCCGCUGAAAAGAAGAGCCCAGCUGCCAAUGGACCUCACAGUAAGAGGGACAGGAACGGUUUCUUAUUCCACGGUAAGUCAACGCCCGGAUUUUUAGUCUUCCAUGGGCGUCCGCAGAAUCUAUCCAUCUUUAUGUUGAUGCUCCUCGGCUUCGCAAUCAAUUACAGAAGACGAGGUGCGGCCCCACAAGCUGCCCCGGCCUGAUCCUUCCUCCCAGCUCUCCAUAGUCAACGGAAUCAAGCCAGAAUCUGUCCAUAUCAACUUCAGCAAGCCCAUGGUCAACGAGGAACAGCAGCACAAGAUCAACGGCACAGUGCCCGUCGUGGCUCCUGUGCCCAUUAAGCCGAGGCCCACCACCGCCACUGCCGCCACCACCACCACCACCACCACCACCACUACUGCCGCUGCCGCUGCUGCUGCGGAGGCCCCUGAAAACGGUGAGCCAACCCAGAAACCACCCCACCCGCAUGAGAUUCAGCUCAGCCGACUGCUGCAAUUGCCGAAGCUAGAGGAAUGGCUUGAGCCCGAUGACCAGGAGUGGCUCCUUGGCAGAGAAGACCUCCGGCAGAAGCCGCCUGAGGCGGUGGCACCCAAGCCUGCUGCCGAGCAGCCUAAGGUCUGGGCCGAUGCCUUUCGGGCCGACCCCGAUGGUGUCGUGGUCUUGCCUUAUGUUGUCCCUUACUGA